CAGGAAGGUACCAAUGAACAAUGUUUCAUUGAACUUAAUUCACCAAUGUCUCUCAUAGUGAAUAUAUUAAGAAACAUGCUGGCAUAUUUUGGUGUUCCCAUAGACCAGGAUUUGCUGACUUUGCAAAAAUAAAGACCGGGGUCUGCUGGGAGUCUCAUUUGUAUUAUUGGAAGAAUGCUUUCUUUAUUACCUUGUUGAAGACCUAAUUUAGAGUUGAUCCCACACUUGAACUCUGAGUAUUCUGAUGACUAUCAACCUAUGGUUCCAUCUUCUGCUGAUGUUUUAUGUGUUGCCAAUGAUGAACAAGCCAGUUAUCUCAGUAUAUGAAAAAAGGAGGAAGGGAAAAUGAUUUUCAUGCCUUCAACACUGAUUUUGAAACCAUCAUCACCUGCUCUAAGACAGAACAGCAGUGAGAAGAUGAUCUGCUCAUAAGGCUACCAUAAAAAGAUAGCUGCCCUUGAAGAUGACCUAACUUUCCUGCAGUCUCACAUUGCAGUAAUGAACCCAGCAUGGACUGAAUGUCCAUCAUUAUCAGUGACUUCUGGGCCGAGUGCAGAACCAGAUCACUUUCCAAGUUCGGUACUUCCUCCUCCUCCUCUCUUUCCUCAGUCUUCUCUCCAGUCUCCAUGUUUUCCUCCCAAGCAACCUACAUGCAACAGAGAUAAUUGGGCAGAUGAAGUGAAACGACAGCCCUUGGGGGUUAACAAGAUGAAUGAUAGUCAUCAUUCAAAAAGCCAGAGAGUUAAUGAUGUUCCAAACAUGGUGGGUGUUCUAAAGGACAUGAAAAGGUCACCAGGUGGUAGACCCAUUCAAAAGAGGAGAAGACAGAGUUCCCAUUGGGAUCCAGUGUCUUUAAUAUCUAAUGCAUGAAAACAGAAGGUUGCAUUUCAAGAUUUCUUUGACAAAGAAAAUGGAUCUUGAGACUGCUCUCCAUUUUCUAGUGCAGAAAUGUCAAGAUUUUGA